CCUACUUACCUCUUUUGGCACAGUUCCUCUUCCUCGGGAUCGAACAAGCGAUCAUCUCUCGAGAGAAGACGUAUAUGGGGUUUGUUUUGCAAGAUCUUGUCCAACAAAAGUCCGAGCAUUACCUAGGUAAUGGGGGGGGAGGGGGGGGAUGCAUCCAUGCUUUUUGGGCAUUACUCAAACCGGCGACAAGCUGCGCCGAGCCGUUACCUCAUCUCCGUUCCCCUCAUCCCUGAUAGCCUCGGCUCUCCACCGCCCCAUGCGAGAUUGCGAUGGUCACGCGUUUUGUUCAAACCUUCGCGAGGACGCUUGGGUUUUUCUCUAGCAAAAAAAAAGCCGAGUGCUGCAGGCCCGCGUCGCUUUUUCGCGACGAUUCAUGGCAGUGCCCACUUCGCCGGCUAAUUUGGUGCGGUGGGAGCCGCAGCCGGGUUGGUCGCUUCAAACGCUCGCGCAGGUUGAAGCAAGCCGCCUCGGCAGGUUCUCUCUCACUAACUCGAAAAACUGAGCCGCCAAAGAGUGCAGCUAUCCUGUUCCCGCGCAAGUUGAGGCGAUUUCUUCAACUCUGCGCGAAAGAUGAAGGGGUCGCAGAAUAUUCAUUCGCCCUGUGCGAAGAAUUGAGGCGAUCCCGCGAGCCUCCGCUGAGACGAGGGCGAGCUUCAAUCCUUCGCUUCACCAACCCGAAAAACGAUGCGGACUCCACUGGAUUUCUUCGGGGUUGCCGCAUCGUUUCAAAACAUUCCUCAAAGUCAGUCUGGGCACUUCGCUAGCGGAAUCCGGGCGUCCGGUCGCCCGGAUCUUCUUUGCCCGUCGGCAACCCGUCGCCCCAACUUACCCGUCUCCCCGAACGCCGGGCUGCGCAGUUGCGCUAUGUAGAAGGCGCUCCUUCAUACUGCGCCAAAUGCCGAAACCCGAAAAAUAGUCAAGCUAGCGCUGCAACGUUUGCGCUACUUCUACUAUGUGCUGCCUCUACUAAGUGACGCCGCCUCUCUUACUCCUUUCGUAUAACCCUGCAGCUAUUUAGUGUUCUCCCUCUAACCAAGAAGUGCUGAGGCACCACUUUGCCACAGAUGCGAUCUGUUGCUUGCUAUGCUGCCGCGACCUACGCCUAAACUCUUUGCCACAUGGCUUUGCCGUUUGUGUGCGGAGCUAUGGCGCCCCCGUAUCCUAAUCUCUUUGUUUGCAACCACACUAACGGCCAAGCUACGUGAUACAGAGGUCAGGUUACGGCAGCGCGCAGUGCUUCGAGUUCGUAAGGAUUUCCAUUUUCGCGGCACGGUAGCACUUGGGCACUUCGCUCCCCCUAUGCGGAAUGUGCUCGGGAUAGGAAGCUAGUAGGGCCGGCAAUAGUUGACGGACGCAGCAGUUCGUAGAAGUAGCGCAAAAAUCACAGCGCUUUGCUUUUUGGGUUUCGAGUUCGACGCGUCACAUGACAAGACCGUCGCUUUUAUCUCUCGAGAGAAGACGUAUAUGGGGUUUGUUUUGCAACCAAAGGGGGAAACCAGAACGUAGCAUCCUGUUUCGCAGAGCCAAAUGUUCCGCCACGAACUGUAGCACUGAACAAGUAGUUUUAGUUUACGAUAUUAGGUUGCUUGGUACAAAGAAGAAAAACAAAUCCACCAUCGAGGACCAGGCUUCAUGGACAUGUUGGCGAUUGAGUUCUCUGCGACUGCGUCGUCCGUUGUGUGUGCCUGCUCAGGGUCGGAUGCCGCAUACGUGUCUCCGCCGCGCAACAAGCGACGAUGUUCGAGCACGCGUGGGAAGGUCAUUAACGCGGGGCCUACAGCACUAAGUACUAGACCAAGACCGUCCGCAGGACUUGUCGCUGAAAACACAACACCACGUAGUUCUCGUCGACUGGGCGCUCGAACGGUUCUGGGAGCCGCUACCACUGCCGUGUUUCUGGCAGCAGCCUCUUUGACGAACUUACCGCGCUCCGUCCUGGCCGCGGAAGAGAACCAGUGCGAGCAGAAGAAUUGGUGGGAGAUAUCUUCCGUGGAAAAUGCAGUUUCGCUUGCCCUGAUGUUUGAUCGCGAAAGUCGACGAUACUUUGUGUAUCGCGAAGGACACAUCACCAGCAGUAGGAAGGCCUUGGAAAUGUACUGCUUCAUAAUUCAUUGCUUGUGUAUCUUAACGUAGACGAUGCAUGUUGAUCGGUUCCGUAGUUUAGCACAAAGGAUCAAGAAGAAGUCGCAACUCGGUACGACUAUUAGAUAUGCGUUCUCGUCAGGAGCUACCAACUCGGAGAAAGACAAAGGCUCAGGAAUAUCAAAAUUCGAAAGGUAUUUCGAGGUUGCGCGGGCUCCUUUUGUCAAGAACAUUUGCGAGAUUGGUUUCAACGCUGGUCAUAGCACCGCAAUUUUUCUAAACGCAAAUCCAAACGCAAAAGUUUGGAGUUUCGACCUGGGUCAAUUUGAUUACACCAUUCGGCAGGGCGAUUUGGCUCGGGAACUCUUUCCUGACCGAUUUCACCUCACGCUUGGACCAAGCCAGGAAAGCGUGCGGGAAUUUCACAAGCUCUAUCCAGACGUUAUGUGCGAUGUUAUUUCGGUUGACGGAGACCACAGCACUGAGGGGACCUACGCGGAUUUGGUAAAUAUGCAAAAAAUGGCCACCUGCAGAAACUGGGUAUAUUCACAGAUUUUUUUGGUUUCUGAAGCCCAAAUUGUCGGAAAACUUUUUUGGUUCUGGCGAGCAUGCUGAUUUUUCUGAACACGAACUUGUGAAAGAACUGAUGAAGAAGUAGAACAUCAAAUGCCACACAGGUCCUAAUGGACGACGCGGGAUGGAACUCAACAAAUUCAGCCUGGCAAAAGGCGAAGGACGAUGGCAUACUGACUCAGGUAAAGAUGAACUGCCAAGAUCGAUGAUUUUCAUUUGGUUUUGCUGCCCCGAUGAAAUGAAAUGAUCUUCUUGCUCAAAAGAUGUGUUGCCUUAUCUUCGUACAUUUCUCUGGAAGUUAAGGAACAUAUGCGAAAAAUUCCACAGAUGGAGUGCUUUGUGGACAUGGCUCCGGUCCCGAAUUACCAGUUCAUGGAUUUCCCGGACAACCGCAGCUGGUGUGUGGGUAUGUUCAAUUUGCCGGACUGCCCCAGGUGGUUCGACGAGGAUAAAAACCCGAACGAGCCCGUCACGCGCGUCCGACCCAUCGAGUAUGAUUUGUAAGGCAUGCCGUCUGGCAGGACUGCGUCGGAAGAAAUUAAACCCAUAGACACGACACCGGGCGGGGAAGAGAGCAGAGAUGUCUCGUCUCUUCGCGCUUCCGUAUGAUCAUCGGGAUGAGAUAGACCCUGCUAGCAGAAAGAAAACCGACGAGCUGCGGAAUUCUGCGAUCCCAAUUGAUUCUUUACGAAGCAACAGAGGCAAUCGCAAUCUGCCAUUGAUGAUUGAACUUUUUUUGAGACUUUUGCUGUGUUUUUUCGACUGACAACAAAUAUGAUCAGCCAGCCACUUCUGGUUUAACUAUGUGCUUUCGCACAGCCACAGGCUCUUUGACGCGAAGCAAAGUGAUAGGUAGGUCAUCGGCAUUAUUGGAAAGACUUCAGUUGUCGGGCUCG